GAACGAAACACCAACAGCACGCGGAGCAAGUGAGAAUUGAGACGGAUUUGAGGAUAAAGACUGUUGCUCCAGCCCAGUGAACGUGGUAAUUCCGCUGCCAAACGUGUCAAAUGUUCUGCAUCCCCUCUCCAGUACCACAAGGAUCACCAUGACUUUCCUUUCCCGCUUCCGCACGCAGAUACUUUCGUGGUGGCAAGACACGCCGUUGCCCUCCGACGUACCUGCAACCUUCCAGUCAUGGCACGAAUUUGACGAGCGUAGCAGUCGAUGGCGCGUCGUGGAGACGGGGCAGGAGAGGAGGACUGGGCCCUCGGUCGACAGAGCAAGCGAAGGAGAAACCGACUGCUCAUCCUACAACCUCGUGACCUGGAAUGUCGACUACUCGUCGCCCUUACCAGGACAGCGUCUCUCUGCAAUCCUGUCGCAUACUCUCUCCCUAACGCCGGCUGUCGACAUCAUCUACUUCCAAGAGCUCUCCCGUGAUGCGUUCUUACAACUCUUGGAUGACCCAGAGAUCCGGCGGGGUUGGUAUCUGAGCGAUGCAGACGGCGUCCUUCCUGCCGGACAGUCAUUCAAGACCAUCACUCUCCUUUCCAAGGCGCGCUUUCAGAGUCCUAGACCUGGUCCGGUAUGGAGAGUCAAGUAUCCAAGCCGCUUCGCCAGGGACGCGCUCUGCUGCGACGUUUUCGUCCCCCAGGCGGCCGGGUCAGCCGAUAGCGUCCGCCUGCGUCUUGUCAACGUGCAUUUGGACUCUCUCCCGAUACAGCCGUCCCUCCGGCCUCAGCAGAUUUCCAUCGCUGCUGCGCUCCUACGUAGCGCUGGCCGGGGGCUCGUGGCGGGCGACUUCAACCCCGUGCUGCCCGGCGAUGAGACGCUCGUUGAGGAUAACGGCCUCGUGGACGCGUGGCUGACGCUGCAUCCUGGUGACCAGGGCUUCACAUGGGGCGUCGACGGCAAGGAGCCGUUUCCGCCGAAUCGCAUGGAUAAGGUUGUCUCGCUUGGGCUGAGCGUGCAGCAUAUUGAGAUCCUGUCGCCGGGCUACAUAAACAAAUCAGACCACGGGGACCGCGGCAAUAACGGUGACACGAUCGCUUGGAGCGAUCAUUCCGGUUUACGAUGCUCGUUCAAACUGGUUGGGCCAUAGUACGUCUCAGCAGACCUUGUUCAGCACUUUUCUUCCUACUAGUACAAAUACAACGGGGAUCCCCUCGUCAACU